GGAAAGUGGAAGAGGGGGUCUCUCAGCACAUGCGCAUUGCUUCGUUCUGCACGCCGCUCGGUGCGCUGUUCGCAUCAACCUCACAUCGCGCCCUGCCGAGUGGAUGAGUGCAAGGUUCCGCCGGUUCCUGGGAUAGAUACGUCCGCUCGUUCAUUCCUCCCUCGUUUCUUCGCGGCUUUAAUUAAUAACACGACGAUAGCGCAUUUAAACGUACAUAGUCAAAAAAUCAAACAAACGAAACACACACACACACGCGGCGCCUAGCUUACACACACUCACGUCUGUGUGUGUUAAUCAUAACAGCAGCAGCAGCAGCGUGCAAAGAUAAGAGCGCUGAGGACAAGGAGGGAAUCUUCCACAUCCACCACCGCUGCAGAAAUGGAGGGGUUCCGAAUCCUCUCCAUGGUCGGUCUCUUGAUUUACGGCGUUCAAGGUGCUCCGCUCUCCGUGGUCAUCUCGCCCUCGGUGGGAGAGAUCAGUGUUGCCGACUCCAAGUUUUUCAUGUGCACCGUGAGCGGCGACGUCGCGAGCAUCGCGUGGUUCGACCCGCGUGGCGUGGCCAUCGAGAGCAGCGACCGCGUGUCGGUGUCGAGGCAAGAAAACGAGGUGGCGCUCACCAUCUACCGCGUGACCGUCGACGACGCCGGCGUCUACAAGUGCGUCGCCUCCGCCACUGACGGCACCACCGGCGAGGGCACCGUGAUCGUCAGCAUCUACCAGAGGGUGACCUUCAAGGAGGCUCGCUCGCCACAGGAGUUCAAGGAGGGAGACGACGCCAUCGUCGAGUGUCACGUGAUCAGCUCUCCUGAGCCCGCCGUCAUGUGGAAAUUCAACGAGCGCAACGUCAUGAUGAAGAAGGACGCCCGCUUCUCGCUGCUCUCCAACAACUACCUUCAAAUCCGCGGCAUCCGCAAGAGCGACGAGGGAGUCUACCGCUGCGAGGGGCGCAUCCUGGCGCGAGGCGAGAUUGACUACCGCGACAUCCGCGUGCUCGUCAACGUGGCCCCGACGGUGCGCGUGCGACAGAACGCCGUGAACGCCACGGCGGACCGCGGAGAGAAUGCCCGCCUGGUGUGCACAGCCGACGGAUUCCCCGAACCCAUCAUCACCUGGACCCGCAAUGGCGAGGUGCUGGAAGUGUCUGACAAGUACGCGCUGAGAGCCAACGGCAGCGAGCUGGUGGUGAAGAACGUGGCCAAGGGGGACGAUGGGGAGUACCUGUGCAGCGCCGAGAACAAGGUCGGGGAGCAGGACGCUGAGGUGACCCUCAAGGUGUUUGUUAAACCGGAGAUCACCUACCUGGAGAACAAAACAACGUCGGAGCUGGAGGAGCAGAUUGUGCUGACCUGCGAGUCCGAGGGGGAGCCCCUGCCCACCAUCACCUGGAGGAGGGUCAGCGACCAGCACGUGUUCCGCCAGGGGCAGCAGGCAUCUUGGACUCGUCCAAUCACCAGACAGACGCUGGAGGGCCGCAUCGAGGUGCGCUCCUACGCCAAGGUGUCCUCGCUGACGCUGCGCGACGUGCAGUACACGGACGCCGGCGAGUACAUGUGCAUCGCCAACAACAAUGUGGGGCAGGCAUCGGCCGCCAUGCACCUCGACGUGGCAUAUGGGCCCAAGUUCGCCGGAGAGAAGGUGACUUACCACAGCUGGCCGAACAACGCGGUGAACGUGACGUGCGAGGUGCUCGCCAACCCGAAGGCGGCCGUGAGCUGGAGUCGCGACGGGCAGCCGAUCCCCAGCGCCAACCUCACCAAUGUGAUCGUGCACAGCUUCCCCGGGUUCAGCGUGCUGGAGAUUACACCGGAGUCGCAGUCUGACUUUGGAAGCUACAACUGCGUCGCCGUCAACAACAUUGCGAGCGAGUCCAAGGAGUUUGUUCUGGUGGAAGCAGCCCUGCCGUCGGCCCCACAGUCGGUGAAGGCCACGGCGGUGUACUCCACGUCGGCGGAGAUCACCCUGGAGGAGCCCGACUACACAGGCGGCGUGCCCAUCCUGACGUACACAGUGCGCGUGCGUCCCGCCAACGGCCUGAGCGAGUGGACCAGCUACUACUUUGGCGGCAGCGAAAACACAGUGAAGGUGACCAACCUAGAGCCAAACACCCAGUACAUGGCGGAGGUGUCGGCCCGUAACGGCGUCGGGGACGGUCCGUUCACCAAGCCAACCUUGUUCUACACGGAGCCCAUCCGAGAGCCGAGCCCCCCCAAGGUGCACGGGAGUGUCGGCUCGACCGGGAAUUCUUACGUGAUUUCCUGGGUGUCGCAGGAUGACGGGGGUUCCCCCAUCCAGCACUACCUGGUCAAACAUCGGCCGGUGGACGGCAGCGCCGAGUGGCUGGAGCAGCGGGCCCCGUCCACCAGCAAGCACGCCAUGCUAUCGUCGCUCAAGUGGAACACGGAGUACGAGGUGCACGUCAGGGCCAUCAACAAGGAGGGCGACUCCGACCCGGCCGAGCACCGGUUCACCACCCAACCCAAGCCGACCGCCAACGCAGGCGAUGACGGCGACUCGGGCAUCCUCCGGGCCGCCGGCGGGAUGGGCACAGGCGCCAUCAUCGGCAUCGUCAUUGUCAUCUUCCUCAUCUUGCUCGUGGCCAUCGAUGUCACCUGCUACUUCCUGAAGAAGUGCGGCCUCCUCAUGUGCAUCACGGUCAGCUUGUGCGGCAAGGCUGGGCCUUCCGGGAAGGGGGCAGCCGACCCGGAGCAGGGCAAGGCUUCCUACUCGAAGGAGGAGUCGAAGGAGCCGAUCGUGGAGGUGAAGACGGAGGAGGAGGCGACGGCCAACCACGAGGAUGGCGGCCCGGCGAGCGAGCCCACCGAGACCACGCCGCUGACGCAGCCCGAGCGCAACGCGGACACCGCGGUGACGGUCAUCGCAGACCCCAUCCCUUCCGGUAACGCCGGCACCGCCACCACUACCACCAACUCCGAGGCGUACGUCACCGCGGGCAGCAGUCCCGCCAGCGAGAUCGCUCCCACGGCAUCGGCCGAGAAGGUCUCCACCGCUUCCGCCGCCUCGCUGGCGAAGAUCAAAACCAACGCCCCGGCGAGCCCGACCGUCGCCGCGGCGACCGGGGCGACCUCGUCCUCCGAACCAAAACCGGGCGACCCGUCGUCCAUCAAGACGAGCGCGGCGUCGCCCGGUGGCAAGAACGCCGCCGCCGCCGCCGCCGCCGCGGCGUCUCCCACGACGAGCGCCGCUCCGGAGCAGGAGAAGCCGAAGAGUCAUCCCCGAGCGCCGAGCUCCGGCUCUCCCGUUGUCACGGCGGCGACGCCGAGUCCCAAGUCCCGUUCGGCUCCGCGGCCGCCCGGGGCCGCUCAGGCCGGCGCGGCAAGCCCGGUGGCGGCGACAGCGGUGGCGGUUGGGGCAGGGGGGGCGACUCCGGCGCAAGCCGCUCCAACGGCGGAAAAGAAAGCGGACACGCCGAAGGAAGACGGCGCGGCCACGACUGCCCCUCCCGCUGCGUCCCCCGUCGUGAAUCACAGCACCGGUGGCACCAAUGCCGCGGCCAGCCCUGCGAAACCUCCCGUGGCCACCGCGGCCGCAGCAAGUGCCGCCGGCCAAGCGCCGAAGCCGGAGAAGCCGGCAGAGGCGAACGCAGGGCCGAAAAAGGACGUCAAGGCCGAGGAGCCAUCGGGCGGAAAAUCUUCGGCGGCGGGGGCCGGAGGCGGCGGCGGCGGCGGCGGCGACAGGGACGGGCCGGUGGACGGACUCGGGGAACUCGACUUGGCUAGAGACGUUUUCGCGGCGCUCGCGGCAGCUGGGGAAACGAAAUCUCCGGCAAAGGAGGAGCCGUCUGAAACCGUGACGGCGCCCCCUGCGCCCGAAGUAAAAGCCGACGACGUGGAGCUCAAGACGGUCCCCAACGAGGCCAUCCAGCCCGUGGCCAACCAAAACGAGAGCAAGGCAUGAUGGGAUUUCCACUGCCGCCACCACUCCCGCGCCCCCCCCACUCCCAUCCCCGUCCACUCAGUCGCCUCGCUCCUAACUGUCCCUCCCCGCCCCACCCCGAAGCAAAUUUCCUGACCCAAAACGAUUUUUGGUUAAUUUUUAAGGCGUUCUGUGUUGUGCACGCAAUUUGUGAGAUUCAUCCUCAUCUAACCCACCAUUCCUUCCUUCCUUGUGCAACAAAAAAAUAAACUCCUAGGUAUCCCAAACAUUUCCCCACAAUUCUUUACUGCAAGGAGUCCAUAGUAGCUCCAAAUUACAAAACCCAGCGGCAUGAUGGGAGCUCGCUUACUUUUAGCCUGUGGUUACGUGACAACAUUUAAAAAAAAAAAAUUACGAUUGAAGUCGUUUUAGCAAUUUUUUUCGGGAAGUAUUUUUUUUUAGCAUAACACCUGAAGUUGUUAGUCAUCUCACUGUACAAAAUAAUAUUCAAAUUGCGUUUAUGAGAUAACACCCUAAAAAAAUACCAUUUUAAUGUUAACACAUUCCAUGGUCAUUAUAAAUAUUUUUUCGCAUGCGAAAUUUUUAUUUACUUCCCAAGAUUCGUUUUGAGUGUAAUUAUUGGCAUGUUUUCGAGCUGUCAUUCUUAAACAAAAAGACGAGCAGUGUAUCCGUAAUUUUCAUGGAAAUGUUGAUGUCUUAAACAUUCAUUCAACUUUCAAAAGACUGCUUCACGUGUAAUUUUAUUUUAACAAGAUGUCAAUGCUAUUUAGUGGAUUUUACAUUGUUUUGUAACAAGUUAAUCCAAAGUAAAAAAAAAAAAACCCACCCAUUUCACAUUAAAAGUUACUUAGAGAAUAGUUAUUAUGGCAUACUUUUAAAACAUCAAUAUUUUAUUUUUACAAAAAACAUUCCAGUGUAAGAAUUGCUAUUAUAAGUUCCAAAUUGGGCUUGUGAGCGAGAAAAACAAAGCCGCCUAUUCCGUUCUUAAUUGUUUUUAAGAGAAGGUCGCCGCCCCCAUCUUCGGCACAUUUUUUUAGCCAAUAGUUGCUUACAAAAAAAAACUAAAACAAAAAAAUAAAUGUUAAAAAGAUUCCACUUAAAAACUGGCAUAUUUUUUAGGGUUUUUGAUAAGAGCAACAGCGACUAGUCGCGUUUUUAAAUGUUGCAUUUGUAUUUUAUAUAUUGUUUUUUGCGUUCAUUUCCAACCCAGGCUUACAACUCGAACAGUGCCAUCUCUCAAUGAUUGCGCGUACAUGUCUGCGUACAGAAUAUGUACUUAUAAUUAGAAACACGCAAACACACACACGAACCCUGACCUAAAAAACCGAAUACAUAAAGUCACGUAUUGUGUAGCGUGUGUGCCAGCCAUUGAUUUUGUUUUGAUUCCCAGAGAGGAAAAUCGAAAAACGAAAAUAUUUAAGCAAGUGUUGACGUGCUUUUGUACUUAUACGUACGAAAACAUUUUCAUCAUCUUGGUUCUUUUUGUUUUUACAAUUUAUGGUAGCUUCGAAUGUUCUCCUUAAUUUUUAUUUUUUAAUACAAAAGUACUUUCUAUUUCUAAAAGGAUUAUUUCAUACUGCAUGGCCUGAAGUUUUUUGGUUUCGCAACGUGCGUGUACGUGCCAGGAUUUUGUAAGGUUUCCGUUAUUCAAACAAAUGUUUAUUUCACAGUGUUUUUGUCUAUAUGUAUAUUUUAAGACAUACAUACGGCGUUGCUUGAGGUCUGGUGCCUGUUUUAUUUUUUAAUCCAACAUAUAUUCCAAUUAAACAAUCGGAAUGCACGUAAUGAUGCAAUAUUUAUGAAUGAUUUAUAAAAAAAUGUUUUCGUUAUGAAUCAAAACAACAAAGCCAUCAUUAUUAGCAGAGUGCUAUCACUGCCCAAUUUUUCAGUCGCGUGGCAAUAGUACUUGAUUGAAUAAUCCCGCUAAAUUUGUUUGGGAAUGUUUGAAAUCGGGAAAGAAAAAAUAUAAACCAAUUAUUCAAACGCCGAUCUAAAUUACAACUUAAAAUUGUAUAAACUUGCAAAUCUCCUUAGUGCAACAGACCUUAAGUAGCUUCCAUUGGCUGGGAAAAAAAACGUUGUAUUAUUGUGAAAUGUGUGUGCGCGCGCGUGCUGUAUGCUUGAAAGUAUGCUGAGGUUUAGAAUGCAGGCUAGUGGUAUAGAGCCUUACCCUUGCGUAGCGUUAGCUCAUAGAUUAUCCAAGGAUUGCAAUGUCGGGUUGUUAACUUAAUAUCAAGGAUACAUACAAGACUCGUAGAAGUAAGACGCACUUCAUUGUGUCAAAAAUAAUAACAGAGUACAUUUGGAAUUCAUAGUGCAGGGCUGUCACAUGUUUGUAUGUAUAUUGAACUUAUUUCGCACCGUAAGUAGCCAACCGUGCUAAUCUGAGGUGCGGAGGAAAGACAACAAAUUAAACAUAAAAAUACGUUUUAAAGGAAUGAGUCUUCAAUCUGGACUUAAAAGUGCAUAGCUCCAGUGGCUUCCUAAUUGCGUAAGGAAGAGCGUUCCAGACGGCCGCAGAAGCGUAUCCGAAAGCGCGCAAUGCAGUGACCGUCCUUAUUCGAUGGCUAGCUAAGAGCCGCUGCGAGGAUGACCAGAGUUCACGUGAUGGUCACAAAGGUUGGUGAUAUGUUUCACAGACAUAGUCUGCAGUAGCUUCACGGUGGGGGGAGGGGGGGGUGGCAGUGUUUGCUGCGUGUUAAUCCCAAUUGGGUCAUUUGCAAAAAUGUGGAUCUUAGGCGUCGUUCAAAAUGGCCUCCAAACGAUGCCACGGGAUAUUUAACGUCCACUGUUGAAGCAGAUGGCAGUAUAAUUUUACAGUUAAUAGACCUGCAGUUAUAACCAGGGACUGCCUUCCGAAUUUGAACCACAAAUAUCUGCAACAAGCGGUAGGCAACACACUACAGCUCGGCCAAGUCCACCGCGCCUUGCUGUCCCAGGAGUAUACAUUUUAUAUUGUGCCAGAUUUUCUUAUGUAUAGUUCUCUAAUCAAAUGUGGGUUGUAUUCCAUGACCUUGGAAUGGUCUUUGCUUGAGAUUCACAUUUAAAUGUGGAUUGGUUUAAAGAAUGAGAAACUGCAGUACCUAUUUUAAUGUCUUCACAUAUCCAUAUGUGGCAGACCCUGGACAGUUGAAUCUGACAUGUCUAAGUGUGAAAGUGCUGGUUAAUUGUCCUCACAACCCACCAGUGCUUGUUCAUCUAUUCCAGUAAAUGAGUAAAUCGGUGUAACUUAUUUAAACAUUUAUGUGUUACCUCCCACGUGACUUACCUCCCACGUGAUGAGAACCGGCUUAACAAUGUAAUUGGACUUAAUGCUUAGCUAAAAGUAGAACGAAUGGCAGUUGUAAAUGUUGUGGAUUUACUCUCAAACACACCGGUGGGCUGAAGUAGUAACUAAUUCGCGCUUUGUUUACGUGACAAAUCCUUUACUAAUUGGCUGUGUCGGGUGGUGGAGGAUUUCGACGCAUUUAUACUUACGCGAUCCAACCCAAUAACCUUGAUUAUGAAUAAUAUUUGUCGCGAAAGCCUAGGUGUUAAACUCAUGCCAGUUAUUUGAACAUACCUCUCACCACGCUCGUUAGUGCGGGUUGGGGGCAACGACCGGUCCAGGUAGAACUCGCCACCGAAGUUGACCGUGACUGGAAAUCGAACUUAGGUUUGCCGGGUUUAUUGUGCAGCGAAAUAACCAUUCCACCUACCGGUUGCUAAGCCAUAGAAAAUAACACAGGUGCCAUGUGCGAAAUUAUUCCACCCCUCCCCCCCCAAGGCAGUCCGGUAUACUAUCCUUGAUUUUUAAGUGCAAGUGAAGGUUUUGUAAUAUUAAUAAUUGCAAAAGGUGUUGCGAAAGUAAGUAGUUUACGUUUUCUCUCUUAUUAUUAUUUUUAAACAUGCGGUAGUUUAGCAAUCUAAUCCCUGUGUAAUUAGUUCACGUGUGCCGGUGACGUCGCUCGAUGCUGGUUUAAGGUGUCCGUGUUACGACCAAGCUCUGCGUUUUGCUGGCUUUGUCGUUUUACAUCUAGGGGGUUUGGAGGAGGAGGCGAAAGGCGAGACAAAUAAAAAUCAGACACCAUCUGCAUUCAAAUGCAGAAUAAACCAGUUACGCUGACCUGUGUAUUAUAGACGAGUGUGCAUAUUGUAACUUUGAGCAACGCCCAGCUGCCGAAACGGACCCGAUCUCAUUGUUAGCAAGAACAACAAUGCCACGUGUUGCUUUUUUUCUCUUAGCGAGCGCAACAAAUUCGUAAAUGCGGUGAGGAUAAUCUUGCCAGACAGUGGGUCCCCGACUCGUUCACUUCUCGCCGAUACAGCCGAGGCCGCCGGAUGAUGUUAAUAUAAAUGUGUUUGUUUCUGCGUGCAUCAGUAAUGAUAGAAGUAAUAAAACACACCGCGAAAUUUGAAUGCAUUGUCAUUUGAACGACGUCGAUGUUCGCUUGGACGUUUAUAUAUAUUUAAAAAAAAUCGUCGCCCCGGUAGCCACGGUCAUGCGCCGUCCGCUUGGCUCACAUUCGCAGGGAAUUAUUUUUGUUGGUGGAAAAGCUUGGCUCAAAACACCUUUGACGCCAUAGAGCGGCUUUCUUCGUUGCAAGGCCUGGCGGGCCACUAGUGGCCCCUGACUUGCGGCCAUCGAACAAAAAACACAAAUGGUGACAACACCCCCCAUCAUCAUCGUCAUCGUGCUGCUGUCAAACCCAACAGUGGUUUAAAAAUGUGUGGCAAUCCUCACACUGCUGAUGAUGCCUUAUCGGCGAAAGUGACCCCCCCUCCCCCUCUGAGAAUCAGUGAACAACAUUGCCCUAGACAUUAUUCCCAUUAAUUUACAAGCACCGUCUUGCGAUCUGAAGAAUGCAUACUGUGCGGCUGUGUGUUUUUGGCAAUUGCCCGUGCCUGCGACAGUGUGCGGAGACAAUGGGCAAAGGCAUCGUUCACGACAGUUUUUUUUUUAAAGCGUAAAAACAAACCGGUCUCCUGUGUGUGGUUAAAAAAAAAUCUAAACAACCUUCAACCUUUUCACCCUUCUACUCUCAUGUUUGCUUUCGGCUCUGAAAGGGCAGCGUCAAUGUCCGAGACGCCGUCUUGGGCAAGGGAGGCAGCUGUCUUGAACAAGGGAGGCAGGCUCCUUUGCUCAAAAACCCACUGGCGCCAUUUGCUUCGCUGAAAAAGUCACAUUUUUGUCAAAGGGUGGUCGACCCUUUUUAUCCGUCGAAUGGAAACACUCGAGCAUAAUCGAGGUUUUUUUUUAUUAGUUCGAUCGCGUUUUUACGCGACCUUUACCGUAAAUCGCGAUUUACGCGAUCUAGCCCCCCCCCCCCCCAAAAAAAAAAAAACCUCUUAUGGAUGAUAUUGGUCGCGAAAGCCUACGUGUUAAACGGAAACAUCUCGAAUCGGGACAGUUCAUGUGAAAGCGCUUGGGAAAAGGAUAACGAAUUCUGUCCUUCGUUUUCGUGUCGGCGUGACGUAGCUGGCAAUUGCCUAAAAACUGAUUAGAAUGAAAUAAAAAAUUAAGAAGACGCCCGGCUGUCUCUGAAACCACGGCGCUGUGUCAUUGAGGUCACCGCUUUUUUGGACUCAGAGCAAACAGGCUGCGUGGAGCUAACGAGCCAGACGGCGCUGUCAAAACAGAGCUGUGUUUGUCAAAGUUAAUGGCAUAUAGAGUAGCGUAUUUGUAUUCGGUAAUGAAACAAACAUAUCUUAGCUUGUACGAUUAAAAAAAAGGGGGGGUGAACCUUCCCCCACUCACCGCUUGCUCACCACGUGUCGUGCAUCUGACCAGGGUAGCGUGCAGUUAGUCAGCAAUGCUGUGAUGCUGAUGGCAGUAAGACAAUGGGCACAAUAUUACUUAAUUUUACCUGUACUUCGGAUAAAGUAAGAUGAGCAACAGAAGUAGCACACUGAUUGUCAAUUGAUAUGCCUAUGCGCUUGUUGCAAAAACAGGGUUUGUUAAGAUCGUGGUUCCUGUUUCUUCUAAUCUGCUUUUUUUCCUGGAUUCAAAUAUUCGUCUUGUGGUUUCAUUUUUUGAAGGGGGGGGGGGAUACCGUCAAUACCAAGGGGAAGUGAAAACGAUGUUCAGAAAAAUGGGAGGCUUGUCUCGUGAACGCGUUCUGUAAAAAAAAAAUAGAAAAAUAACAAAGCUGCAGCCGUCUCUGUUGUUCAGAUGUUGUGUCAACAGAUUGAGUUUAUAGUUGUGUUUCUUCUGUGCAUGUGAUUUUGCCGGAUGCAAACGGCCAAUCUCAAAAUUGUACCCACUCAACAGCUCGUCCACCAUCCACAACGUCCGCUCGCUCACUCACCCACCGACCCACUCACCCAUCCACCCACAACCACCCACUCACCUGCCCAGUCACUCGCUCAACCACUCAUCCAUUCACAACCACUCACUCACGUACUCAAUCACUCUAUCAACCACUCGUCCUUUCACAACCACCCACUCACCUGCCCAGUCACUCGCUCAACCACUCGUCGAUUCACAACCACUCACUCACGUACUCAACCACUCUAUCAACCACUCGUCCUUUCACAACCACCCACUCACCUGCCCAGUCACUCGCUCAACCACUCGUCGAUUCACAACCACUCACUCACCUACUCAAUCACUCUAUCAACCACUCGUCCAUUCACAACCAUCCACUCACCUGCCCAGUCACUUGCUCAACCACUCGUCGAUUCACAACCACUCACUCACCUACUCAAUCACUCUAUCAACCACUCGUCCAUUCACAACCACCCACUCACCUGCCCAGUCACUCGCUCAACCACUCGUCCAUUCACAACCUCUCACUCACCUACUCAAUCACUCUAUCAACCACUCGUCCAUUCACAACCACCCACUCACCUCCCCAGUCACUCACUCAACCACCCAGGCAACACCCGCGUCGUCAUCCGCACCUUGUUGCGUUCUUCUGUAAAUACGUUUGAAAAAUUCAUCCGGGACACCAACAACUACAACAACCCCUCUUCAUCGAGUGCAGUGUGUGUGUGUAGGUCACCGUUAUCAAGUAGCAUAUAUUGCCACCGUGAAGAAGAAAAACAGAUUGAAACAAAAAUAAAAUAAAUACGAGGAAAAAAACAACUAACAUGUUUGAAUAAAUCUGAACGCAAUGAGGAA